AUGGGGAUCACGAGCUCACGACCGGCGAGCGACGACCCCUCGUCAUCGUCGACGAGGGCGACGGGACUGCCCGAGGGAUGGUACUACCCGAAACGACGAGGCGACCCGCCGCCAUGGGAGACACAGCCGUACGAGACCAUCAACCCCCAGCACCUCGAGGUCCGCCAGGUUCCGGGACGAGGACGAGGCGUAUUCGCGAAUAAGGACUUGCGAGCCGGAACGAAACUCGAAGACGCGCCCGUGCUGGUGAUCACGAAGGAACAGUGGGAGGACGGCAACAUGAACGACUCGAUCCUGGGCGAAUACGGUUUCUGCUGGUCGAACGGAGGGAUGGCGCUUGGACUUGGAAUAGGUCGUCACUGGAAUGGGAGUGAUGGGAGACUGUGCAGUGUCAAAAGUGCCACAGCACAGAAGAAGACGAGACCCAAGGACAGGAACCAUGGCUCUGUGCUCGCUCUCGCUGGCGCGCCUGCCGCUGUGCGCUGGCGUGCGCUGGCGCUGCGCCGCCUGCGCCGGCCUGUCGUCCAAGCCAUGCGCGCCGUGCACGCACCGCGCAUUGUAUGCCUGGCUGCCGCGCCUGCCUGCGCCGGUGACACCUUAGUGUGCCCUCGACCCUCCCUUGCUUCCCCCUUUGCCCCUCCGCUCGUCUUCCCUCGAGACCCUCCUCGCUGCGCGCUGUGCGCAUCGUCCCCCCCGGCACCACCGGAUGCUUCCUUGCGGCUCACCCGGAAUGCACUCCUGUCUUCCUCCGCUCCUUCUGUCAGACAUCAUCGUCGUCUUCUCGACAUUUCUCAUCACUACUCUACUCACGCUCGACUCUCCAUUACUCUUCUUUCUUUAUUCCCGCUCGUCUCAACUCCCCAAUCACCUCUCCACAGAGUCUCUUCCCCUUCAUUCCACUCUCAUAUCUCUGAUCAGCGCUUCGUCUGUCCCCUGCGCACGGGCGCACACGACCACUCGUCUUUCCAGCGCACACCACACUCAUCACCUCAUACCCGCUUUCCUCACAUUCACUCUUCCUUUCUUACACCCACAGCUUCUCUCUUCAACCACUCCUCGCAACCCAACGUCAACUUCGUUCGGAAUACGGCCGAGGGAACCAUCACCUUCACGACAUCGCGCUCAGUCUGCAAAGGCGACGAGCUCUGCAUCUGCUACUCUGCCGACGAGAGCAAGCUCUGGUUCGUUCCUUCCGGUGGCGCCAAGGUUGCUCUUUCAGAAGACGAAGGCGACGGUACUGGACUCUUCUCUGACCUCGCCCUUGGAGACGAGGUAGCCAUCGAAGUUAAGAAGAAGGAGGAAGCACGAGCUACACGAAGAGAGAUGGGCGGAAAGACACACGUCGCCAAGGAGAAGCGCCGUGCACGGGCUGCGGAGCGGAAAGCGAAGAAGGCUGCGGCCAAGGUCGAGCAAGCUGCGGCUGAGGAGGCUGCCACCAAGGAGGUCGAGGCUCAGAAGGCUGAACCUGCUUCUCCCAAGUCUCCUCAGGCGAACGGCGACAAACUCCCCAAUGGCGACUCGAAGCCUAAGGCCAAUGGAGAGCCCUCCACCGAUGCUGCGACCACUCCGGCGCCCAGCACCAAGGGCACUUCCGUUGCCAGCAGCAGUCCGUCCCAGCAAUCGACGACACCACCGACUUCCGUCAACGGUUCUGAGUCUAGCAAGCCCUUGACCGGUCCCCCUGACGUCGUGGCCCCCCAAUCUGCUGCAGCUCGCACUGCUGCCCGCCAGCGCCGCGGCGAGCGCCGUGCUGACCUUCCCCCUCCUCUGCACGGCAAUCUCAGUGGACCCUCGCGCCACAACGAGCAUGUUGAGCCUGCUAGCGAACUCGAGUGGGAGUUUGUCGAGGGCGACAAGCUUCCUGAGGAAGAGUGGGGAGUCCUGACUCGCGCGAAGGGCCCCGUUGAGAGGGAAGAAGAGGCUGAGGCUGAUGAUACGGCAACCGCCACCGACCCUCAGCAGACUCCGCUUCUUUUAACGUUCACGAAGAACAUGGACCCCGACCCUCGCAUGCGUCACCUGAAGCGUGUUAAGCGCUGGAAGGACAGCACUGGAGCGCACACCGCCGUUGCUCUGGCGAUGCACGACGCGGACCCCGAGAAGCUCAAGGCGAAGCUGAAGGAGGAGGCUGACCUCGAUCUCGUCCCUUACCUUCUGCCCGUUCCCCGUGCUGCGGCUCGCACCGCCGAUCAACUGAAGGCACGCAACAAGAUCUGGCCCGUUCUCUACUCUCCCACCGCCCAGCGACCCUAUGACGCCCGUGGCAUCACCCCCGCGAAGCUUGCUUGGAUCCGAGCGGGUAUCGACCGCGUCAUCGCCGAUGCCCGUGCGGCGAGGGAGAAGGGUGAGAUGCCCAUUGCCGUCUACUGUGCGGCUGCCCCCGAGAGCCUCUGGCCCACGACCGAGUCUUUCAUUCCGCCCACGCCAGGACUCCAGGCUGAAGCUCACGACACGCGCAACUCGGAGAAACACCCCCUGCGCCACGCUGUCCUCAACUGCAUUGCUCGCGUUGCCCGUUUGCGCACGGUCCCUCCGUUCUCCGAGCUCCAGCCUACUCGCAACGGUGCCGACUACCUUCUCACGUCACUGACGCUGUUCAUUACGCACGAGCCCUGCGUCAUGUGUUCGAUGGCCCUUCUCCACUCGCGAGUGAAGGAGGUGUACUUCAUCUACCCUCGCAAGCGCUCUGGCGGCCUCGAGGGAAGCUACGGAGUGCACUCGCGCAGGGACCUCAACCACCGCUUCGAUGCUUGGCAGUGGAUCGGCGAUGGCUGGUGCUCAGCCCUCGAUCUGCGCGACAUUCCCGAGGACCUCGAGAUCUGA